GAUAGUAAAUAUUAAAUAUAAAUGUGCUGUAUUAUCUAGUAGGAAAAUUAUAAAUUAUUUGAUAGUCAUUACAGUAACGUGUAGUACGGGUAUGCUGUUGUGUUGUUGUUGUUUAUAGUAGUGUCGAUUAAAUUUCUGCUUGUAAUUGUCCCUCGAUACCGCGUGGUUAUAGAAUAAUAAUCAGUAUCCAUAGUUUUAAAUACGUAGAUUAUCAUUUAAAUUUGAAUCCGCGAUUCUCAUUCAUAGUCGUCACAUAUAGUCGUCUAUUAAUAUGAUCUUGGGAGAAAAUAAAAAAAAAAAAUCAAUUAAAGUGAUACAAGAACAAGUGGUAAAAUAAUAAUAGUUAUUGUUAAUAAUGACGACAGUAUAUUCAGCUGAUGAAGUUGCAAGUCAUGACAAUGAAAAAGAUCUAUGGAUGAUAAUACACGGUGGAGUUUAUAACCUGACAAAAUUUUUGCAAGAACAUCCUGGAGGCGAGGAAGUUUUGCUAAAUCUCGCUGGACAAGAUGGCACCGAGUGCUUUGAUGAAAUGGGACACACAGCAGAAGCUGUGCAGUUAAGAGAGACUUUAAAAAUAGGAGUAGUUGCCGAAGGCGGUAGUGGAGCAUCAAAAUCAUCAAUCGGGUCAAAUAAAAAAUCACCGACUGUCGAUGAUGAUGAUUGGGAGUAUCAGGAACCAAAAAAAGAGUCAUCUACUACUGCUUAUAUUUUCAUCGGUAUACUCGUACUUGUUUAUGCAUUUAUAUAUAAUUAUAUUUUAUAAAUAAUUAUCACUAUCAAAUUUACUUAUGAAUUUUUUAAAAUAACAAAUAUUAAAUUUUAUUAUAUACUGCAUUGUUUCAAAUAAUAUAUAUGUAUAAAUAUUUAUGUUUUGUGGAAAAUAUUGUGGAUAUUGAAUUGUAAAAUAAUUGAUAAAUAAAAUAAUGAUAAAUAACAU